AUGACAGGAAUGCGAGUGGCAGAAUUCGUAGACAGGCUCUUGAAACCGUGGAUUGCGUAUGUGUGGAGAGGGAGGACGAUGAGCAGCAAAAGCAGGAGGAGGAGCAAGAGACGCGCGAUGCUGCUUCAGUCCAAGUCGAGUCGAGGGGGGAGGGAUCAGCUCAGCCUGUCGACGUCUCGUCUCGAAAAAAAAAAAAAUGGUCAAGGCGAACCACCAGGCCAGGGGGUGUGGUCUGGGGAAAGAAACGAAAGAACCAAGAAAAACAAGAAGAAGAACAAGAAGAAGAAGAAUGCCCCCGGAUUGACGAUGUUUGACGAUUGGGGAGGGGCAAGAAAGAAAAAAGAGACCAGACCAGACCAGACCAGACUAGACGGGGAGGGAGGAAUUGGGUUAAUGAGGAAGAAGGUUGGAAGGGGAGAAUGGAACGAGACGAGACGAGGCCAGACCAAACCAGACCCCAGUUUGAGGUUGACCAAAAAAAAAAUCAAGGGCGACAAGAGAGGAAAGAUGACGAUUGUACUUUUUUUUAGCCGCAGUCCUCCUGUCUUGGUUCGUUCCGAAGAAAGAAGGCAAAUUGGACUGGCUGUUGCUUUGGCACGGUCCAAUCUAGUGGAGAGAGGAACUGCAAGUGGACAUCUGGACAUUGAAAUCUGGAGAUUGCAUUCAAUGUUUGAUGUGCAUGUGGGCAAAGGCAGCUGA